AAGGGAAAAGUAUUGAAAGAAAAAGGGAAAAGGAUUGGAAGAUAAAAACAAUCAAGAACCCUAAUUUCAAUUUUCAACUACAUUGAACAGGAGAACCCGAGCUCAAAUGAAAUAACUUUCUCACUCUGAAACUCAAAUUAUUCUACUCGUACAUACAAUGAACACCUCCACCACCACCACCACCACCACCAAUCCCCCUUCUCCGCCACCUCCCACCGCCGCAGAAACCACCCCCGCCGCAAACACCGCCACCGAAGAAACCAACCCCACCCCCGCCGCAAACACCACCGCUGAAGAAAUCAACCCCGCCGCAAACACCACUACCACAACCAACAACGACGACAACAACACCAACAACAACAACAACAACACCAACAACAUCAACAAUGACGACAACAACAAUGCAACCUCCGACGACGUUUCCACCCCAUCAAACCCCCUCUCACCGCCACCACCCGACGAUGACACCACCACCACCACCUCCGAAGUACCCAUCAUCCCAAAACGCCGCCGUAAACGCAAACACUACCAAGGCACAAUUUCCAUGGUCCUUCGUCCUCACUCUUCUUCUCGCUCUUCCUCUUCUCUCCUUGACUCACUCUCCCUCUCUCUUCCUCGCCGUCGCCGCCGCAUCGCCGACCUCUCCAAGGACCCGCCACCCCUCGAUGUUGAUGCUCUCAUCGCAAUCUCAGUUGGGUUUCCGGUUGAUUCUCUCACUGAAGAAGAAAUCGAUGAUGCUGUGAUUCCUACUCUUGGAAGUGCCGAUCAAUCUCAGUAUAUUAGUGUGAGAAAUCUUAUACUGUCUAAGUGGAGGUCGAAUGUUUCCUCUCUCAUCACGCGUGAUCAUGUGAUGGAGUCUGCGAAGCCGGAGCAUCGUCAUCUUGUUGAUGCUGCACUUGGGUUUUUGGUUAAUCGUGGGUAUGUUAAUUUUGGGCUUGCUCCUGAGAUUAAGGAGAAGAAGCCGUGCGACAACAAUGGUGAUGGUGUUGUAGGGGAGGCCAACAUUGUUGUCGUCGGCGCGGGGCUGGCGGGACUUUGUGCGGCCCGCCAGCUCCGGGAUAUGGGGUUUAAGGUUGUGGUUUUAGAAGGGCGGGCACGGCCCGGGGGAAGAGUACGCACGAGGAAGAUGUGUGGAGAGGAAGGGAGUGUUGUGGGUGCUGCUGAUUUAGGUGGGAGCGUGCUGACCGGAAUCAAUGGGAAUCCGCUUGGAGUUUUGGCGAGGCAAUUGGGUUUUCCGCUUCAUAAGGUGAGAGAUAUUUGUCCUCUUUAUUUGCCUAAUGGAAAAGCUGUUGAUUCAGAUGUUGAUUCUAGAGUAGAAGCUGCAUUUAAUAAAUUGUUAGAUAGGGUUUGUAAGCUUAGGCAGGUUAUGAUGGAAGAAAUGAGAAGUGUAGAUGUUUCGCUUGGAACUGCAUUAGAGGCUUUUAGGAAGGUUGUUAAUGUUGCUGAUGAUCCUCAGGAGAAAAUGUUGUUGAAUUGGCAUUUGGCUAAUUUAGAGUAUGCCAAUGCUUCAUUAAUGUCGAAUUUGUCAAUGGCGUUUUGGGAUCAAGAUGACCCUUAUGAGAUGGGUGGGGAUCAUUGUUUUAUUCCGGGUGGGAAUGAGAGGUUUAUUCGAGCCUUGGCGGAGGAUUUACCAAUUUUUUACAAUCGCACGGUGGAGAGCAUUAGGUAUGGGGAUGAUGGGGUGUUGGUUUAUGCAGGUGGGCAGGAGUUUCGGGCGGAUAUGGUUCUGUGUACUAUGCCAUUAGGAGUUUUGAAGAGGGGGGAUAUUGAGUUUGUGCCUCCCCUACCUCAAAAGAAGAGGGAUGCUAUUGAUAGGUUAGGAUUUGGGCUGUUGAAUAAAGUUGCAAUGUUGUUCCCGUAUAAUUUUUGGGGUGCUGAAAUCGAUACUUUUGGACAUUUGUCGGAGGACCCAUCUAGGAGGGGUGAGUUCUUCUUGUUCUAUAGCUAUUCUUCAGUUUCAGGUGGGCCUCUUCUGGUGGCCCUUGUUGCAGGGGAGGCAGCCAUUGAAUUUGAGAAGGUAUCUCCUAUGGAAUCAGUGGGGAGGGUUAUGGAUAUAUUGAGGGGGAUAUUUUACCCAAAAGGAGUGGAUGUUCCAGACCCAGUUCAGGCAGUUUGCACCCGAUGGGGUCAAGACAGGUUCACUUAUGGUUCUUAUUCUUAUGUUGCUAUUGGGGCAUCUGGUGAUGAUUAUGAUAUUCUUGCAGAAAGUAUAGGGAAUGGGAGGGUUUUCUUUGCUGGAGAGGCGACCAAUAGGCAGUAUCCCGCUACUAUGCAUGGUGCUUUCCUUAGUGGGAUGAGGGAGGCUGCCAAUAUACUGAAGGCUGCCAAAAGAAGGUCAUUGAUUCCAGCUGACAAGGCAGAAAAUAGUAGUUCAGAGAAUAUUGAGGAUCUGAGUAAAAUAUUUUUGAAACCAGACAUGCAAUUUGGAAGCUUCUCUGUUUUGUUUGAUCCAAGAUCAGAUGAUCCUGAAUCUCAAUCGCUUUUGAGGGUAGAGUUUCGGGGCGAGAAAAUAGAAACUAGUGCUCUGUAUUUGUAUGGUCUGCUUUCAAGGUGUCAAGCACUUGAGCUGAACAAGGUGGAAACUGAUUUGGAUAGGUUAAAUUUAUUGAAUGGGAAAUUUGAUUUGCGGUUAGUGGGCAAAAAAGGAUUAUGUUCUGCUGCAGAAUCACUUAUUGCAGCUGUCAAAGCAAAUAUAUGCUCUAAAGAAGGAGCAUGAUCUUGAAUGUACACCUUACUCCCAGCUCAGAAGGGAAGAACUGUAAGUUAUGAGCAACUGACAUAGAAGUCCAAUGUUGUACAUUAGUGUUUCUAGGAUGAUGAGGAAAUAAAUCAAUUGCUCUCAUACUAAGCAAAUUUUUAUGUUAGAAUAGGUAAUUUAUGGCGAUAAGCUGACUUAUUUGUAGGUUGUGACUAAUUUAUCGAAUUUGAGCUAGAGGAUUUAGUGAUCAAUUGUUUAGUCCCUUUUAUGUACAUUGUAGCUAUUCUAUAUGAAUGUGUGGUUGAUUAUACAAUGGUAUUUAGUUCCUUUCAUUAUGCCUUGGCUACUUGAUGAACCUGAAGCUGUAGCCUACUGAUCUUGAUAA